GCCAUGGUUCCGAAGGAAAAAACUUGUUAGUUGUCAUUUGACCCACGUGUUAGUACGUGAUUAAAUUUAAAACAUUUCUGUUAGUGUAAUAAUCGAGGAAAGAAGAUGAGUUUCGCGAAGACCAAAGAUACUGUUGAAGACGGAGAUACCGUUAUUAUAUAUGUAAAUCCACAAGCGAUGUAUACUAUACAGGUAAAACCUUUAAUUGCCUCCAAAAAAGGUGAAAUGGUCGAAAAUGUUUUUCAAACUGCGUAUGGUGCCCUGAAAGUUCAAGAUCUUGUGGGAAAAAAGUUUGGACAUAAAGUGCAAUUUUCAAGAGGAUGGGGUUACCUUCUACAUCCAACACCAGAACUCUGGACGUUAAACCUUCCCCAUCGAACACAAAUUUUGUACACACCUGACAUCAGCUUGAUUGUAAUGCAGCUGGAUUUAAAAGCUGGCUCAAUUGUUGUUGAAUCAGGAACUGGCAGUGGAUCCCUUUCGCAUGCUAUCAUAAGAGCUAUUGCUCCUACAGGUCAUCUGCAUACAUUUGAUUUUCAUCAACAGAGAGUUGAGAUUGUGACAAAAGAGUUUUCAGACCAUGGCUUGGAAAAAUUUGUUACGGCAAAACAGAGAGAUGCAUGUAAAGAUGGUUUUGAUUUGGAAGACACAGCUGAUGCUGUCUUUUUAGAUCUCCCCAACCCAUGGCUUGCAAUUUCACAUGCAGUUAAAGCUUUAAAAAAUUCUGGUGGAAGAAUAUGCACCUUUUCCCCAUGCAUUGAGCAAACUCAAAAAACCUGUGAAGCCCUAGUGGCUAAUGGUUUUAAAUGUAUAGAAACAAUGGAAUGCUUACAGAGAGAAUUUCAAGUAAAGAACAUUACCCUUCCUGAUGUAGAUGACUAUAAUUUUUCCUUUUCUCAAACAACAGACAAAGGCUGUGAAGGGAAUGUGAAGAAAGAAGGUCGUAAAUUUCGAGCACUACUCCCGGCUUUGCAAAUGGCUGGGCAUACUGGCUAUCUAACGUUCGCGACGUGGCCGCGACAGUCGAAUAUACAAAUUUAGCUUGUAAGAAGAACUGCAAAUGAUGUCUUGGAAUACAUCAUUCAUCAUUGCCCAAAUAACCUUUGGUUUUACUUUU